AUGGCUUCCAACAGCUUUACGCUUGCCAGCAAGGUUAAGCUUCCGUCUGGGCACCUCAUGCCCCAGAUGCAGUUGGGCUUGUACAUGAUGUCAGGGCGCGAAGUGCUGUCUGCGGUUCCUUGGGCCCUGGCUGCAGGGUACCGGGGCUUCGACUCUGCGCAAAUGUAUCACAAUGAAGCCGAAGCAGGGAAAGCCAUUCGAACUUUCCUGGAAUCAUCAAACAACCCAGGUCUUAAGCGCGAGGAUCUCUUCUACACAUCCAAGCUGGCUAGCAACGGCACGGCAUAUUCCUCGGUGCGUCGGAGCAUCAAACAGAGCGUUGAAGCGUGCGGGCUUGGUUACAUUGACCUGUUCCUACUGCAUAGCCCUUACGGUGGACCCGAGGCUCGCUUGACGAGCUGGAAGGCCGUCGAGGAUGCUAUUGAGGAGGGUGAGAUCAAGAGUGGAGGUGUCAGCAACUACGGUGUCCGACACAUCGAAGAGCUGAUGGCAUCUGGUCCACGGAUCAAGCCAUCUGUGAAUCAGAUUGAAGUCCACCCGUUCAACACCCAGAUUGAGAUCCGCGAGGCAUGUGCGAAGCACGGCAUCGUCGUGGAGGCAUACGCUCCGCUAGCAAGAGCAGAGCGGAUGAGAGAUCCCACAAUCCUCGCCCUCGCGAAGCAAUACGCUUGCACACCUGCACAGCUCAUGGUGAGGUGGUCACUACAGCAUGGUCUUGUACCGCUGCCCAAGAGCUCGAGAAAGGAACGGGUGAUAGACAACGUCAAGGUUGACAAGUUUGAAAUAUCCCAAGAUGACAUGGCUAAGCUGGACGAUCUAGACGAAGAUCUUGUCACAGAUUGGGAUCCGACAGAUGCUCCUUGA